UUGGCGGGCCGAGGGCAGCCGGCGGUGCCUGUGUCGGCGGCGGCUCGCUGUCCCCCCGCCGCCGGCGAUGGGGAAUGGGCUCUCGGACCAGACGCCGAUCCUCUCCAGCCUGCCCUCCUUCCAGUGCUUCCACAUCGUCAUCCUGGGGCUCGACUCGGCGGGCAAGACCACCGUGCUCUACAGGCUGCAGUUCAACGAGUUCGUCAACACCGUGCCCACCAAGGGCUUUAACACGGAGAAAAUCAAAGUGACGCUGGGCAGCUCGAAAACAGUCACCUUCCACUUCUGGGACGUGGGAGGCCAGGAGAAGCUGAGGCCCCUGUGGAAGUCCUACACCAGGUGCACGGAUGGCAUCGUGUUUGUGGUAGACUCUGUCGACAUCGAAAGGAUGGAGGAAGCCAAGACAGAACUUCAUAAAAUUACUAGGAUAUCUGAAAAUCAAGGCGUGCCUGUCCUUAUAGUGGCUAACAAACAGGACCUGAGGAACUCCCUUUCUCUCUCAGAAAUCGAGAAAAUGUUGGCAAUGAGCGAGUUGAGCUCUUCUACUCCCUGGCAUUUGCAGCCUACCUGUGCGAUCAUAGGGGAUGGACUCAAAGAGGGACUUGAAAAACUACACGAUAUGAUAAUUAAGCGAAGAAAAAUGUUGAGACAGCAGAAAAAGAAGAGAUGAGUUUUGUUUCUACAUUUCUAUCUUAGAGUAGUUCCAUGGUCAGAAUUCAAAGUAACAGCUUCCGAAGCCUGACCUGCUUGCUUGGAUGCUGUUACAGCUUAGUUAUGUUAAACAAUCAGUUGCACAAGCUUGCCCUGUGGCAGUUGUGCAGACACAGAACCUUUUGAAAAGCAAAAACAGAAAAUCGUUUUUUCCCAAGGUUUCUGGCACUGUUAUUUUGGAUGCCCUAUAAAGUAGUAUAAAGUUAUCAGGAAACAGAUGGGUGGGUUAAUGUGAGCUGGAUGUCUAAAUAGCCAAAUAAAAUGAGAGUUUUAUGAUUGGUGUUUGUAUUCAUAUAUUUGAGGGUGCAUUUUUGCAAGAAACUUGCAUUGAAGGUGUUCAGUGUUUUUAAACUUUCUAUGCUCGUAAGUGGAGUGUUUUAGGUGAAUAUAUACAGCUUUAAAAAUAUCAAUUUCAACAAUGUUUAUGGAGUUAGCAAUCUAUUAUUUCAGGAGACUGUGAGCCUUGGGGUUUUUUAAUCUUGUUUAAUAAUUUCCACAAGAGAGUUUGGCUAUAUGGUAUGUUUUUAAUUUGGCACUUUUUGAAGUUGAAUCACUUUUAGUUCUAACACUUGAAACUUCAGUGCUAUAGAUUCUUCAACUGAUAUAAGUAAGACUUGUUACACGAGUACACAAUAUGCAAGAGCAUGGAUCAGUUUUCCCAUGUAGCAUGAUUUGGUGUGUAGUCUUCUUAGAAAUAGCUGUGCAUUGUUAUGCAGUGCUAAUUGGAUUUAGAACAUUCAUGUAACUUGGAGAGGUCUUUCAGAAAUCUGGUUUGCUAUUCAAAAAAUAAGGUACUGUGACAUCAAUAUAAUUAAAUUUGUUGCAGUAAAGGAGAUGCAUACAGCAAUUUUUAGGUUGCCCAAGCCAUCUAGCGUUCUGGGCUCUUAAGAUGGCAAUAAAACUUGAUCAUAAUGAAAUAGAGCUAAAGUCAACAGAGCACACAUUUUGUAUCUGUAAAAUGUCCUGGUUUGUUAGUUACAUUGUUCGGUCACUUUCAACAUAACCUUUUUAUUACAGUUUUUGUAGUGCUUGUGAUUAGGAAUGUAAAGAAGUUUUUAUACACUUGAAACACGUGACACUGGGAAAACAUAAGUUUAAAGAUGGCCUGUAGUCUGUUCUAAUUUAUGCUUUAAGCUGUUCUUGUUUACAAGUGUGCAAACAGUAUUAAAUGGGCAGGACAGUAGUCUAAUGAGAAGGGAGAAGAGUUUUUCUUACUGGUACAGAACUUCAAAAGUUGUCUAGAAAUCUUGAUUAUCAAUUGAAAAGGGCUAAACUAGAGCCUGAAUUUUAAGAUGAACUUUAGUGGUGCUGUAAAACAGAAUGUUAGACUUGUCUUGAAACUUCCACUGGAAACGUCAGACUUAAAGAACAAUGUGAAGAUUCAUUUUCUCUUAAUCAGCCAAGUUAAUGCAUUCUUUCCCACUGCUAUGUAUUAAGAAGAGCUACAAAUCUGAAAAUCAAUGUAAGGUAUUGACAUCUGUAUGAAAUCACACUUCAUAGGCAGCAGCUGUUUGUCCAGAGGAUAACCAAAAAUGCACUUUAGUGUUUUCUAUAAUUGAAAGUGACAGCUGUUUUUUUUUUUUAAAUGACACCUUGAUCCUUUUGAGAGAAUUGAAGUAGCUUCUAGUGGAGCUUUUUGUAUGUUGGUUAUAUAUGUAUCUGCACUAGUGACAUUGAAAGUCACUUAUUCAGUAAUGUCUAUAUUUAUAGAAACGUGGAUAACUACUUAAACCUCAAUAAACACAAAUCAAAACAAGCCUGCAGGGAGAAGGUGUUUGACUUCCUUGAGUUGCAAUGAAGUGUUCUUGUUGGCCUUUAUGUGCAAAUCUUGCUCUCAAUAGCAGUAGAACUAUGUGCAUGAAACUAAAAUGCUUAUAAAUGUGACAAUGUUAUAAUCACAGGUAUCUCAUUAAAGACUUAAUAUAUGGCACAUACUUGUAUCAUAUUCCAUAUGUUUGUAUCAAAACACUGUUUGCUUCUAGCUGUAGCCACUUUUUCUCUCAUGAAGUGGUAGUGUGUAUUGUAAACCUUCCCUUCUCAUGAACAGAUUUAAUGUUACGUACAUUUGCUGGUGCAAUCUUCAAAGUUCUGAAAUAAUAUAUAGUAUUAACAGACUGUACAAUGGUAGUAUUAAACCCUUUAAUCAGCUGAGACUAACAUAUUUACUUAUGCUAGACAGUUUAACCAUCUGACGUAAUGUUACCUUUCUUAUACUUAGCAAGAAUACUUCCUUUAUUAUAAACAGAAACAGGCUUAAAUCUUCAAAGAAAUGCAGAGGAUUCAGCCAUCCUACUUCUUGAUUUUAAUGGAGAAUGUGAGUAAAUCCCUUACAAUCAGUUGGAGAUCUCAAUGGCAGUAUCUUUACAAAGUAUCCCUUAAUUGCUAUCAAACACUUGUACACUAUAAUGAUUCAAGAUCACUCCGUUUUCACAGAAAUAUUUAGGAUUCCUACCUCCCUUUUCCUCAAAAUUAGAUUGGUACAAUUGGAUCACAUACCAGCUUUUUUUUUAAAGAAAAUCCCUUAUCUUGGAUGAAAAUGCCUCAAGUAUAAUGGAUGGUUACCUAUUACAAUUGAUUCUACAUCUUUGAGUACUUUUUUGUCCCUAAAGGGGUGAGGCCAGUUUAGCUUGUACAACAACCUUCCAAUUCUCCUCCCCCUCUCUGUCCUGACUAGUGAGUUGUAUGCUACAGUUGUACAAGAAGGCAUUAAAAUGUCAGCCAGUCUCUCUUUUUAUGGCUUAUGAGUGAGGGCUGCAUACUGUGGAGCUUAAUGGUUGGGUAAAAUACAUUUUGUGGGAACCGAUUACGCUCCUUGAUCCAAGCCAUGUAAAUACUCUUUCCUCCCUACGGCAAGUUGUUCUGAAUAAAUAUUGUUUGAAGGUU